UUGAUUAACCCGGAAGUACCCACGCGACUCACUGAGCACUCCGUCCGGUUCUGCGGGCUCAAGGGGAGAAACGCUGAAGCACCAUGGCUCUGUUCUAAUCGCGUUUAUUAAGAGAAGUGUGAUCAACUUACCGGCAAUCCGUCACCAUCCGCGCCUUAAACAUGGACCUCCAGUCAAGAGGCUUGUCCUGGGGGCAUCAACUUUGUCAGUAGUAACAUCUGAAAACUGUAUUUAUUAUUUUUUUCCCCAUACUGUCACUUUUUCUUGCCUUUGCACGCUACAUGGGAUUUAAACCUAAAGUGUCAGCAGCUAGCCAACAGUUCUCACUUGAUUAACACAAAUAUCCCCGUGGAAACGAAGAACCCCUGUGAUAGUAACGAAAAAUAAGAAAAAACUAACUUUCAAGAAACACGUUGACGAAGUCUUGCCCUCAAGUUUUCCCAUUUGUCUGCGGUGCCGGGUUGAGUUGCUAACACACUACACAAGGACUCUUCCUGAGGGCUUGUUGAUACCCCUGAAAUUCAUAAUACUAAUUUAGAGUUUGGUAGGCAAGUGUGAGGCCCCCUCAUGCAGAACCACAGGAAAUGAAUAAACCACCUCAGCCUAUAACAGGACCCCCUGCCGUUCCCCACCCCGCCCAAUCACCAGGACUGACACAGGCUGCCUAUCCCCCAGGUCAGCCUCCCUCAGUUGUGUUUCCAGGGCAAACUCCACAAAUGAACACUGCACCCCAACCCAGACAGUUUGCGCCAGGCCCUCGUGCUUUACACCAACAGGGUGGAUUCAGGUCACUGCAGCCGUACUACGCUAACCGGCCCAACAUGCCAAGCGGUGCGCCUCGGGUUGCACCCAACAACACCCCCCGGUCUGUUGCACCCACUCAUGUGUACCAACCUACCUCACAGGUUAUGAUGAUUCCCCAGCAACCGUUGCAAUUCGCCAACACUCAGGGCCAUUUUUUACUACAUGGACAGUACCGCCCCCAGUACAUGCCCCCAACGCAGCAGUACCCUGCAGGAUUUUACCCUGGAAACAGUCCAGCUGAAUACGGUACAUAUGCAGCUGCCUAUUAUCCUGCUGCACAGCAGUACCAACCAUCAGUGUCUACCACCACUGUCAUGAUGAACCCCCCUCAGCAGCAACCAGCUCCACCUCCACAGCAAGCUCCGCCUCAGCAGUCAGGACCAGUCAAACCCAGAGAGCGCAAACAGAUCAGAAUACGUGACCCCAACCAGGGUGGACGUGACAUCACAGAAGAGAUCAUGUCUGGUGGGAGAACAACCUCCACACCCACUCCUCCACAGACUGCUGGUCCAGAGGUGGGAGGUUCUGUCCAGACCAACGGUGAAAGUGGUCCGCCUGUUACUGCCGUGAUUAGAGCUGAUGAUCAAGUGAAGUCCAUGGCUCCUCCUGCGGCUGUGUCCACCCCUCCUCCAUCAGAAACGCCAGAGCAAGCCCCUGUUGCACCUUUAGCCACUGACUCUAAACCAGUGUCAGAGGUCAGGCCUGCUUCACCUGUAAGCAAGAUUUCCGUUCCUCUAGAAGAGGAGCCUGCGAUAUCCCCUGCACUCCCACCUUCUCCUCCUCCCACAAGCAAUACCCAACUUUCAGAGCCUCAAACUGGCGACAGUGUGGAUGCUCCAGUACUCCCUGAUGCCCCAGUUCAAAAGAAGGAGCCUGAGGACGCCCCUCCAGUGGAGCCGACUUCUACUGGGAUUGUGAAAGAGGAGCCAGAGGUAGCCAAAGAGAAAGAACCUGAACCUGUGGCUGAAACAGAGGCCACAUCUGACACAUCUAGCCCAGCUGCUGUCAUCUCCACCCCUGUGGAGCCUCCUCCUGCUGUAGCUAAUGAUGGAGACAUUGCUUUUAAGGACGCUGCCCCUGUAACUACAGUGACACCAGUUCCAGAACCAGUCGUUGAUGAGCCAAAGGAACAGCCUUUGCUUAACGGUUUGCCCGAGGACUCUGCAGAGGCUCCAGUAGUGCAGCCAGAGAGCUCCACUAGUCCAGUUGCUGAACAAGCAGUUCCUCAGGUCCAACAGAGCUGCCUUACAGCUGUGAAAGCACCUGUAGAGGAAGCGGAGAAGAAGGCAGAGGAGACGCCUGCCCCUGUAGCAGUCUGCCCUGUUGAGGAAACGACUAUGCAAGCUGCCGUGACAGCAGUGCCAAAGAAGAAGAAAAAGAUCAAGGAUCUGAAUAAGAAAGAUGUCGGAGAUGUCCUAGAUGCCUUCAAAGAGCCUGAGGAGGAAAAGCCUGCUCCUGAGCCAGAGGUUGCUCAGAAAGAGCCCUCCCCUGCUCCAACCCCUGCUCCACCAGCUGAAGAGUCAGACGAAACAUGGGAGGAGAAAGAGGACAAGCUUGACACAGAAAAUAUUGAACCUGAGGCGUCUAAACCUGUGGAACAGAAGUAUCAAUACAAGGAAGAGCAAUGGAAGCCUAUCAACCCAGAGGAGAAGAAACGAUAUGAUCGAGAAUUCCUGCUUGGUUUCCAGUUCAUUGGUGCAAGCAUGCACAAGCCAGAGGGUUUGCCGCACAUCAGUGAUGUUGUCUUGGAUAAGGCGAAUAAAACCCCUUUGCGGCCCUUGGAUCCCAGGAGUCUGAUGAACUGUGGGCCUGAUUUCACACCUUCAUAUGCUAACUUGGGUAGACAGUCAUCUGGAGGAGGGCGAGGACCGUUGCACUCCUCUCAGUCUGCACGGCGCCCUCAGCCAGGUCGAGGCAAAGACCAAAUGAAUCGCAACCCCAAGAUCAUCACCAGCUUGUCUCUUAAAGACAACGUGGAACUCAACCAGGCUGAGAAUGCUUGGACGCCUUCAGUGAAGAAGCAAACACGAAACCGUGGAGGAGAGGAGGAUGAGGACGACACAGAAGCUGUAAAAACGCAGGAGCUGUUCCGCCGCGUACGCAGUGUCCUUAACAAGCUGACGCCACAGAUGUUCCAGCAGCUGAUGAAGCAGGUGACGGAGCUCACCAUAGACACAGAAGAGAGGCUCAAGGGUGUCAUCGACCUUAUCUUCGAGAAGGCCAUCUCCGAACCCAACUUCUCUGUAGCUUAUGCCAACAUGUGCCGCUGCCUUAUGGGGCUUAAAGUCCCCACUUCAGACAAACCGGGAGUCACUGUGAAUUUCCGUAAACUACUGCUCAAUCGUUGUCAAAAGGAAUUUGAAAAGGACAAGGAUGAUGACGAGAUCUUUGAGCAGAAACAGAAAGAGCUGGAUGCUGCCUCUGAGGAAGAGGAGCGUAAUCGCCUGAAGGAGGAACUGGAGGACGCCAAGGACAAGGCACGUAGACGGUCACUUGGAAACAUCAAGUUCAUCGGAGAGCUGUUCAAGCUGAAAAUGUUGACAGAACCCAUCAUGCAUGACUGCAUUGUUAAGCUCUUGAAGAACCAUGAUGAGGAGAGCUUAGAGUGCCUCUGCCGGCUGUUGUCCACCAUUGGAAAAGAUCUAGACUUUGAAAAGGCCAAGCCUCGUAUGGAUCAGUACUUCCACCAGAUGGAGAAGAUCAUUAAAGAGAGGAAGACAUCUUCUAGGAUCCGCUUCAUGCUUCAGGAUGUUUUAGACCUCCGAAAGAACAACUGGGUGCCCAGAAGAGGAGAUCAGGGUCCCAAAACCAUUGAUCAGAUCCAUAAAGAGGCAGAGCUGGAAGAACACAGAGAGCAAAUCAAAGUACAGCAGCAACUGCUGUCUAAGAAAGACUCCACUCAGGGUCGAGGGGGCCGUGGGGGGCCGCACUCCUCUGGGGGCCGUGGUAGCCAGACCCAAGAUGAGGGCUGGAACAUAGUGCCUAUUACCACAAAGAAUAGACCGAUUGACACCAGCCGCCUCAGUAAAAUUACUAAGCCUGGUGAUUUCAACAACCAGCUGCUGGCCCCGGGAGGAAAGGGCUCAUGGGGUAGCUGGGGCAAAGGGAGCAGUGGAGGCACAGGAGCCAAGUCCACUGGAGAUCAAGACCAAGGGAGACCUGCCACUAGCACACUCAACCGCUUCUCUGCAUUGCAGCAGUCUGGACCCCCUUCAUCAUCAUCUUCCUCACUUGACUCUGAUCGUAGAGUGCCUCAAAGGAACAGCUCCAGUAGGGACCGUAGCGAUAGAGAUCGCGGUGACAGAGACCGCGGUGACCGAGACAGGGAUCGCUUUGACCGAUUCGAUAGGCGGGAAGACCGGGACCGAGGCCUAGACAGACCCCGUCAGGCCAUCACCAAACGCAGCUUCAGCCGUGAAAAUGAAGAACGCAGAGGCGGCGAUAGCCGUGGACCACCGGAUUCCGUACGCCGCGUGUCCAGCAUGACAGAGAACCGUGAUAGAGGCAGUCGUGAGCGUGAUAGAAGCAAGGAGACAGUGAAGCCUAUGUCGGCUCCUGCUCCACCACCACCUGUUCAAGCCAAACCCGCCCUGAGCGAGGAAGAGCUGGACAAGAAAUCCAAAUCCAUUAUUGAAGAGUAUCUCCACAUCAAUGACAUGAAGGAGGCAGUGCAGUGUGUGCAGGAGCUGAACAGCGCCUCUCUGCUCUUCGUGUUUGUACGGAACGGUGUAGAGUCCACACUGGAGCGCAGCACCAUCGCUAGAGAGCAUGUGGGCCUGCUGUUUCAGAAGCUUGUUAGUGGUAGAAUAUUACCUCCUGAGCAGUACUACAAGGGACUGCAGGAGAUUUUGGAGAUAGCUGAUGACAUGGCCAUUGACAUUCCUCAUAUUUGGCUCUACUUGGCCGAGAUCAUCACACCCAUGUUACAAGAUGGGGGCAUUCCCAUGGGCCAGCUCUUCAGGGAAGUGUCCAAACCUCUUCUCCCUAUGGGCAAAGCAGCAAUCUUGCUUGUUGAAAUGCUUAACCUUCUUUGCAAAGGACUGAGCCACAAAAAAGCUGGAGCAAUGUGGUUGGAGGCAGGACUCAGCUGGAAAGACUUUCUGCCUGAAGAUGAGGAUGUCAAUAAGUUUGUUACAGAGCAGAAAAUGGAGUUCACUUUGGGUGAGGAGUCUGAGAAGCCCAGUAAGAAGGAACUGACUGCUGAGGAGCUGAGUAAACAUUUGGACAGGUUGUUACAGGAAAAAGCCAACAACCAGAGGAUCUAUGACUGGGUAGAGGCCAACCUAGAUGAGCAGAAGAUGAGCUCCAAUCAGUUUGUGCGGGCACUGAUGACGUCCGUGUGUCAGUCUGCCAUUAUAUGUGAGAACCCCUACAAGGUGGAUGUGGAGCAGAUUACCCAAAGGGCCAAACUGCUGCAGAAGUACCUCUCUGAUGAAACGAAGGAGCUGCAGGCACUCUAUGCUCUCCAGGCUCUCAUGGUGCAGAUGGAGCAGCCUGCCAAUUUACUGCGCAUGUUUUUUGACGCGCUGUACGACGAGGACGUGAUCAAAGAGGAUGCCUUCUACAAAUGGGAGUCCAGCAAAGACCCGGCGGAGCAGCUGGGGAAGGGUGUGGCCCUGAAAUCCGUCACUGCCUUCUUCACUUGGUUACGGGAGGCCGAGUCCGAAUCAGACAACAGCUAAUCCUGAACUUUGCUAGCCCAGGUAGCACCGGAGAGAAAAACAGCUGCCAGGGACUAUUAAAAGGAGGAUGUCUUACAACCAAGUUGAACUUGAUCCUCAAAAAGCCAAUCUUAUCUGUUCGGGGUGGCUCUUGACAGAUACAAACUACAAUCAUUUCUCAGUCAUUUCUUUUGCUCUCUAUAUCUAUUGUGGCUAUGUCCACCAAAACAAUAAAAAAAAAAAAAAAAAAAAAAAGAAA